AUGUCCGCCAUUUACCAAACCCCCUCCUUUCCCUCCUCACUGAGCGCACCUGGACCAGUCGCGCCUGCAUCCGCUGUUCCGAGCGGUACUUUUCUGCCAGGCACGAAAGUGCAGGUGGGGCAGCACAGGGUUGUCAUAGAAAAAUAUCUCUCAGAAGGAGGCUUCGCCCACGUCUACGUCGUUCGUCCCCCGAAGCCUAUCGAUGGCAGAGAGACAGCCGUUCUUAAGAGGGUGGCGGUCCCCGAUAAAGAGACCCUGGCGACCAUGCGGACAGAGGUGGAGACCAUGAAGAAGCUGAAAGGGCGCCGACAUAUCGUGACCUACGUUGACUCGCACGCUUCUCAGCUGAAAGGAGGAGGCUAUGAAGUAUUCCUGCUGAUGGAGUAUUGUAACGGAGGCGGACUGAUAGAUUUCAUGAAUACGCGACUACAGAACAGGUUGAAAGAGCCAGAGAUUCUCAAGAUCUUCUCGGACGUUGCCCAAGGUGUCGCAUGCAUGCACUACCUCAAGCCACCGCUCAUGCACCGAGAUUUGAAAGUGGAAAACGUUCUGAUCACAAAAGAUGGCUCUUCAACCCUCUACAAGCUAUGUGACUUUGGAUCCACCGCCCCUCCCCGCCCGGCAGCAACCAGCGCCGCCGAAGGAAGGCUGAUCGAGGAGGAUGUACAAAAGCACACGACACUGCAAUACAGGAGUCCAGAGAUGAUCGACGUCUAUCGAAAGCAGCCGAUAGAUGAAAAGAGUGAUAUUUGGGCGCUUGGGGUGUUACUGUACAAGCUCUGCUAUUACAAGACACCCUUUGAAGAGCAAGGGCAAAUGGCAAUCCUGAAUGCCAGCUUCAAAUAUCCUGGCUACCCAUCUUUCUCUGACAGAUUGAAAAAGCUCAUUGCAUUGAUGUUGCGAGAAAACCCUCAGCACCGACCCAACAUAUAUCAGGUACUACGUGAGAUAGCUGCGCUCCGUGGCACUGAUACACCUAUCAAAGACAUCUACUCUGGACGUACCCAAUCAGAGGACCGACGUAAUCAGCAAUUGCCUUCGAAAGAGUCACAAGGAACAUCGUUGCCCGUGAUUGGUGCUGUGCAAGCGGCACCUCAACAGGAGAAGACAGUCAUACCAGAGAUCACGCCAAUGCGGAGAGGCAGGCCCACCAAAGCUGGAGACAGCAUCAAAGUCGCAAAGCCGAGCCCUUCUCCCUUGAGACAUGACACCAACGAUCCUUUCACUGCGCUGGACUCCAAAACGGUGGCUUCGUCUGAUAGUAACUUGGACGAUGUUUCGACACGCUUCCCUGCCCUCGAUGACUUCUCUCUUCUCCACGAAAAGGGCAACAGAUUCUCAUUCGACCAGGAGGCAGGAGCCACGGCUGACCCUAAGAAGGAUAUCAAACAACGGGUCACUGAGGCGCUUGCAGACGACGCUUUUGCAAACGCAAAAGCACCUAAUGCCCCACCUCCAAGUCAAGGUGCUUCAAGUCUCCAUCUACCCACCUCAAGGCCGUUAUCGAUUCCUACAUCAAAUAGUCGAGCUCAAAGCAAGCCGACGUCACGUUCAACGUCAGGUGAUCGCCAGGAAGCUCAAAAGUCCCCCAUGGUGUCUACUGGUACUAUGACAUCCCCGCCUCCAUCACCCCCGUCGCAGCCCCAGUCCGUAUCUAACCGUACAAUCUAUCGCUUCCCACCAUCAAAUCCUGCAUCAAGAUCCUCGAGUCAGCCAAGAAAUUCGAACCUAGAUGAGGGCCACUCAUCUGCAGUUCACCCGGACGCUAAUCUUGGGCGAGGGCUGAGUGAUCAUCGACCCAAGUCGCAAAUUUUGCUUAAUGACAAAAGGACAUCAUUUGAGGUCAAUAAAAGGCCGUCAAAUAUUUCUAGUCCAGACGAUGGAGUCCAUCGUUCCAAAUCAGCAAGCUCAAAAACAAGACCAUCAAGCAUGCAGUCAUCCAAGCCAAGUCUACUUCGUAGGAUGUCUCGAGACCGUCCCCAACAUGUCGCAGACGCCGAAGAAAACGUUCGAUUGGUGUCGGGCGUGACGGAUGAAGCCAAGGACGACAAGAUCAACUCUAACGUUGAGUAUCUGAAAGCUGUCGAAGUCGAAGAUGCUUCAAAGAAGAAGGAAAAGCGCUUAAGUAGCGGCUCAAAACACAUCAAGAGAGCAAACCUACCUUCAGUCUCACUGUCAGGCACGAAAAACCUGCUUGCUGGUCGGUUUGGCGAGGCAUUUCGAAAGUUUGAGACUAAUAACGGGCCUCAAGACGUCCCACUACUUGACUCACCAACAAGACCAAAUGAACUCACUCCUAUUGCCGGGUCUGAAGCCACCGACGGUCGAAGCGACGACGGGAGAGUGGAGGAGGAGACCGAAGAAGUUUCGCCCGAAGUUCGGCGUGAGCUCGAACGGAGGCGCCUUUCUGAAGAAGAGCGCCGAGUCACAGACGGCGCCGCUGCUUACAAGUUGAGAGUAGCAGGUGGUGGCGAGAUCAGACCAAGCGGCAAAGCGGCUUCGAUCCAGAGCAAAGUCAAGACACUUCUAGACGAAAGCGGGCGAGCCUCGCCUUCGCCAACAAAAGCACCGCCUGGCUUCGGUAGACACGCUCCGUCACUCGAUACUCGACCGCAAACAUCUGGGGACCUCCCCCCCAGGUCCAGUUCCAUCCAACCCUCAUCCCUCACCGCCCUCCCAGGCUCAAAUCUCUCAACCUCGAGGACCGAUCCCAGAGUAGACCCUCGACCGCAGAAACCACCAAAUUUCAACCCACCCCGCCUGUCCACCGCAGCAACAGCUCCACCCUCAACCAACAUUCCCGCUUCCGCUCCCCAAUCUCAAGUCGGUGGCCCCUCCCUAACCUCCCGACCGUCCGGGCCCCCAAAACCAAAACCCCAACCGAAGCCUCAAGCUCUCCGCACAGGCGACCGUCCGCCCCAAUCACCCGCCAAGCCCAAGCCAUCAUCCCUCGCGUCUCGCAAGCCCUUAGCCACUUCUUCAGCCCAACCACCCCCUCCAUCCACACAGUCUCAGCCUUCCACAACGGCGUACGAUGGUGCACCCGACGACGACUGGGAGACCAAUUUCAGUAAACGGUACCCCGAUCUCUCCGGGUUAGAGAUGGUGGAGACGGAGAUUGAUCAGGGGGGCGUAGCCAGUGGGGGCGGUGGUACCCCCAAUACUCUAGGGAGGGAGAUGAGAGUGCGGGAGGUGUAA